AUGGCUGACACCUCUGCAUCAGAAGUUCGGCCUGAGGCGCAGGAGGCUGGCACCGAGCACUUUGACGCUUCACUUCCUGGCAGCACGGUGGCUGUGCCACCUAUUUGGACGAAUGAAGAUGGCAGCUUUCGAACGCAGCCAGACAUCCCCGCUCCGCCACCGCGGAAGCCGCCUCCUCUGCGGAACUCCACAAUUGCACCCUGGGUCCUUGCAGCCCGCCAGGCGGACAUAGCGCAAGCCAGAGAGGAAGAGGAACUAGAGGUGGACUACGAUGAGUAUGGAUCUGGUGGAGGGUCCCCCCGCUCCGCAGAAGGAUCUCAGCUCUCAAGUGCUGAAAUGUCACAAGGCUCUGCUUAUGCCUCCAUGCCUUACAGCGUUGAUAGCCAGCCGCCUGUGGACCCGGAUGCGAACUACGGCGGAGUCACCCUUUCUCAGCUCGAGGAGUUCCUGGCAGUUCGUAAAGGCAUGCGGACAGCUUGUGGCACCUUGCCGAUGACUUUCGCAAUUUGGCUGGCCUACGUAUUGCUGGUGAUCACCAUGGGAGAAGCGGAGGGGCCUUUCCAGACGGCGAACAUUCUGAAGGAGGAGAUCAGCGGAGCCCGUGCACACCGGCCGGACUCGAUGGGACUGAACAGAACUUUUCGGUUGCAUGAGAUGCAUGACUUGGGUGAUAUUGGAUGGUGGAUGAAGACGGCUUUGGCUCCGACCAUCGAUCCCCAAAGCAGUCGCAUGGACAAUGCAGUGAAAAUUGUGGGCUUUGCGAGAGUCACUCAGUUGAAGGGCACGAUGGUUGAAUGCGACGGCUUGACAUCCAACCUUAAGCGAUUCUAUCCUGGUGUUUGCUACCCUCCCGCAUCUCCGGGCACUGUGGUAAAUUCAUUCGGGCCCGCCGACGUCGAUGACGCCUUUCAGGCACUGGGUCCGCAACGACCUGUCGGGGAGUUCGAGGCUUGGUUGGAUACAGGACGCCCUGUCACCGAAGUGCAAUCGCGGGUUGACAGUCUCAUUGACAAUGACUGGAUAGAUAGAUUGACGCAGCACCUCACGAUGGAUGCGUUUUUCGUGAAUUUGCAAACCAACGUUUAUGUGCGAAUCCGGCUGCUUAUGGUGGUUCACAGAGAGGGCCUCAUCGAGAGCAGCUUGCGCGUGAUUCCAAUGAAAGCAGAAGUGGUUACGCACUGGUCGCACAUAUUUCUGAACUUAUGCUUUGCGAUUUUGCUGUCUGUGCAGCUCCUGUGGUUCAUGCAGCAGUGCCUCACGGAAUACAAGCGAGGGCUUUGGAAGCUGCAUUUUUGGGAUAUCUGGACAUGGCUGGACAUGGUGUCGAUUCUUGUGGCGCUGGUCAUCGUCUUUAUGGCUCUAGCCUUCGUGGUGGACACGCAAAACUUUACCGUCAUGGUUUCUGACUUGGGCGACAUGCCGACCUGGUCGGUGUUAGAAGCACCCGCAGCUCGUAAAGUGCAGGCGAUUCUGCAGAAUCGAGAGUAUCGGAACAAGUGCUCCGAACUUCUGGCGGUCUUUGACAACGUCCUCAGCGUGAGCCUAUGGUUGCGGUUCAUGACUGCCUGGUACGCGGUUUGCCUAUGCCUCCGUUUCUAUCGUGGCUUCACUGGGCAGCCGCGCACUUCCGUGAUAUUGCAGUCAGUGCUGUACAUGUCGAACCUGUUCUUGCAUUACUUGGUUGUAUUUCUGGUGGUGUGCGGCAAUUUCGCACUGAGUGGAUACAUCCUUUUUGGGGAGCAAGUGCCUGCUUGGUCCACUUUUGGCGGCUCUGUCAUAACUCUGACUCAAGUAAUGCUCGGGGAGUUUGACUAUGACGCGAUGCGAAAUGUAGCCCCUGUUCUCGCAAUGAUUUGGUGGUGGAGCUUCUUCCUGUCUACGACUGUGGUUCUUUCCCGGGUGUUAACUGCAGCUGUGCUGCAGCUUUUCUUGGAAGUUCGCCAGGCUCUGGGAGAGCCAGGGAUUGGGCUACCACGACAGAUCCUGGCUGUUGCUAAGAACUUGUGGUAUCAGAGGUCUUAUGAAGGGUCCAUGAAGAGUGUUCCUGACGAUGAUCUCUUGAAUAUGCUGGCACAAGACUUAGACCCGGCUCAUGUGAAGAAGUUGAUGCAAAUGAAAACAGACCGACGGCUUUGCACGCGAGAAGAUCUGGCAAAGGCCGAGAAGGACAUCAAAGUCGAUGUGGAGUUUUUGACAAAAAGAGGCAUGGACCCCCUCGGUGCCGAGCGCCUCAUCGAGAGAACGGCCAACUGGGCUCUCAACAUUUCGACAACAACCUCGGCCACCAACCGCCUGAUGCUCCUCGUUGCUAAGCAGAUGGAGUACAUCACCACCGAGGCAGAUCGAAUCCAGCGCAAGAUCCGGACGAGGAUUGACCGGGCAGCGCAGUCGGCAGACCGGGUGGAUGUUAAGCACGCCAAGUGUGCGGCCCUUGCGAAGCGACUCCGUCGUGCACAGCAGAUACCUGCAGGCUGGACAGCCCACAGAGACGAAAACGGCCGCAGGUACCUCCGCCACGAGGAGAGCGGGCUGACUUCCUGGACGUUGCCAAGAGCCCUGAUUUGA